AUGCUGUCAAGUAAAUGUCUAAAUGUCCGCAGAAGAUUACGUAAGCCAAGCAAAGUCAACACAUCUGUAACCAGCAGUGUCUCCAGGUCAUCAGACCAGGUCAUAUCGGCUAGUGUAAACAGACCGAAGAUCCGUGGGAGACCGAUCAUCGCCAGCAGAAAGUCUUCUGCCGCGAUUGACAACUCCGUUGCCACUGAUGACCAUCGUGAUAAAGAUGGAUAUAAGGUGGUCUGUUACUACACCAACUGGUCGCAAUAUCGUACGAAGCUCGGGAAAUUUACACCAGAAGACAUUCAGCCAGACCUCUGCACACACAUGAUCUUCGCCUUUGGGUGGAUGAAGAAGGGAAAACUCAGUUCUUUCGAAUCCAACGAUGAGACUAAAGAUGGAAAAGCUGGAUUGUACGAUAGGAUUAAUGCUCUGAAGAAGGCCAAUCCAAAACUGAAGACAUUGCUUGCUAUUGGUGGUUGGUCCUUCGGUACUCAGAAAUUCAAGGAAAUGUCAGCAACUCGGUACUCCAGACAGACGUUCAUCUACUCAGCUAUCCCGUACCUCCGGGACAGGAACUUCGAUGGGCUGGACGUGGACUGGGAGUACCCCAAGGGUAGUGAUGACAAGAAGAACUUUGUGCUGUUCUUAAAAGAGCUUAGAGAAGCUUUCGAAGCUGAAGCUCAGGAGGUGAAGAAGCCACGAUUGCUGCUUACAGCUGCUGUACCAGUCGGCCCCGACAACAUUAAGAGUGGAUACGAUGUUCCUGCUGUUGCUAGCUAUCUGGACUUCAUCAACGUAAUGGCUUACGAUUUCCACGGCAAGUGGGAGAAGGAGACUGGUCACAACGCACCACUAUAUUCCCCAUCAUCAGACUCUGAGUGGAGGAAGCAGCUCUCUGUCGACCACGCGUCUCAUCUAUGGGUCAAAUUGGGAGCCCCUAAGGAAAAAUUAAUUAUCGGUAUGCCAACGUACGGGCGCACUUUCACUUUGUCAAAUGUCAACAACUUCAAAGUGAAUUCUCCGGCGAGUGGGGGAGGCAAGGCUGGCGAAUACACAAAGGAAGGAGGCUUCCUCGCAUACUAUGAGAUUUGUGAAAUACUGCAAAAUGGUGGAGCAUACGUUUGGGAUGACGAGAUGAAAGUCCCAUACGCGGUCCACGGAGACCAAUGGAUCGGAUUUGACGAUGAGAAAUCUAUUAGAAAUAAAAUGAGGUGGAUCAAGGAUAAUGGAUUUGGUGGAGCCAUGGUGUGGACUGUUGACAUGGAUGACUUUAGUGGAACUGCCUGCGGUGGUAAUGUCAAGUACCCGCUCAUUGGAGCAAUGAGGGAAGAACUCCGUGGUAUCUCCCGUGGUAAAGACGCGAAAGACGUAGACUGGUCUACUGUAGCAGCCAGCAUCGUUGAGGAAGAGACAGAGAAACCCGAACCGAUUAAGAUCAGCCUCUCAGAUGUCCUCAACAAGGUGAAGAAGCCUGCUAAGACUAUCAGACUCAAGAGCAACAAUGCAGCAAUCCUGGAUAAAAACAAACGUGAACCCCAAAUUUUGUGUUACCUGACCUCAUGGUCAUCAAAACGACCCAGUGCUGGACGCUUUAUGCCAGAGAACGUAGACCCAACUCUAUGUACACACGUUAUCUAUGCUUUCGCAACUCUGAAAGACCAUAAGCUGACAGAAGGGGAUGAAAAAGAUGCCGACAUGUACGACAAAGUAGUUGGACUGAGAGAGAAAAAUCCUAAUUUGAAAAUCCUUCUUGCCAUCGGGGGAUGGGCGUUCGGAUCAACACCUUUCAAAGAACUCACCUCCAAUGUAUUCAGGAUGAACCAGUUCGUGUAUGAAGCUAUUGAAUUCCUAAGAGAUUACCAGUUCAACGGCCUUGAUAUUGACUGGGAGUACCCAAGAGGAGCCGACGAUCGCGCAGCAUUCGUAUCUCUCCUCAAAGAACUACGUUUAGCAUUCGAAGGUGAAGCGAAAUCUUCCGGUCAACCACGUCUUCUCCUCUCAGCAGCUGUCCCAGCUUCUUUCGAAGCUAUUGCAGCCGGUUAUGAUGUACCGGAGAUUUCUAAAUACUUGGAUUUCAUCAACGUUAUGACAUAUGACUUCCAUGGGCAGUGGGAACGACAAGUUGGCCACAAUAGUCCACUCUUCCCUCUUGAGAGCGCCACCAGCUACCAGAAGAAACUUACUGUGGACUAUUCUGCGCGUGAGUGGGUCCGACAAGGUGCACCAAAAGAGAAGCUUAUGAUCGGUAUGCCGACGUAUGGAAGAUCAUUCACUCUCGUCAAUGACACGCAAUUCGAUAUCGGUGCGCCUGCGUCUGGUGGAGGUCAAACCGGAAGAUACACAAAUGAAGCUGGUUUCAUGUCUUAUUACGAAAUCUGUGACUUCCUUCGAGAGGAUAAUACCACUCUUGUAUGGGACAAUGAACAGAUGGUGCCAUUCGCUUACAGAGAUGACCAGUGGGUGGGUUUUGAUGACGAGAGAUCACUGAAGACGAAGAUGGCAUGGCUUAAAGAAGAAGGCUUCGGUGGAAUCAUGGUCUGGUCUAUCGAUAUGGACGACUUCAGGGGUUCAUGUGGCACCGGAAAGUAUCCUCUCAUUACAGCCAUGAAACAGGAACUGGGUGAAUACAAAGUCAGACUGGAAUAUGAUGGACCAUACGAAAGUUCAGUGGGAAGCGGGCAGUACACUACUAAAAAUCCCAACGAAGUGACCUGCGAAGAAGAAGAUGGCCACAUCUCAUAUCACAAAGACCAUGCGGAUUGUACAAUGUACUACAUGUGCGAGGGAGAGAGAAAACACCACAUGCCAUGCCCCGCUAACCUUGUCUUCAAUCCCAAUGAGAACGUCUGUGAUUGGCCAGAAAAUGUCGAAGGUUGCCAGCAGCACACACAAGCGCCAGCUGCUAGAAGAUAA